AUAAUGACUCAAGCUCAGACACCACCAGCUGCGGCUGACAACGGAGGGGCUAAACAGCUGGCACCACCGGUAGUGGCGGCAGCUGGUGAUGAAGCAGCACAGAGGAAGAAACUGGAGGAUUGGCUUCCGAUCACCGGAUCCAGAAAGGCAAAAUGGUGGUAUUCGGCUUUUCACAAUCUCACAGCCAUGGUUGGUGCUGGUGUUCUUAGCCUUCCUUUUGCCAUGUCACGUAUGGGAUGGGGACCAGGGGUGGUGGUAUUGAUACUGUCAUGGGCGAUAACGCUGUUCACGCUGUGGCAAAUGGUGGAGAUGCACGAGAUGGUGCCGGGGAAGCGAUUCGACCGGUACCACGAGCUCGGGCAACACGCGUUCGGCGAGAAGCUUGGGCUCUACAUAGUGGUGCCGCAGCAGCUGCUGGUGGAGGUGGGGACGUGUAUAGUGUAUUCGGUGACCGGAGGCAACUCUAUGAAGAAGGUACAUGAUUCCAUCUGCAAUAACUGCCCCACCUUCAGGACCUCCUGGUGGAUCGUCAUCUUCUCCUCCGUCAACUUCGUCCUCUGUCACUUGCCUAACUUCAACUCCAUGUCUGUCAUCUCCUUCGUUGCUGCUGCCAUGUCCAUCUCGUACUCAACCAUAGCUUGGGCAGCUUCAUUGGCAAGAGGGGUUCAACCAGACGUGAGCUACGCUAUCAAGUCACGCAGUGCGGCAGACGCCACCUUCAACUUCUUCACAUCGUUGGGUGACGUGGCGUUUGCCUACGCCGGCCACAGCGUCGCUCUGGAGAUCCAAGCGACGAUACCUUCGACGCCGGAGAAGCCAUCCAAGGGUCCGAUGUGGCGGGGGGUCAUUUUGGCCUACAUCGGAGUCGCCUUCUGCUAUUUCCCUGUUGCCAUUUUGGGAUAUUACAUCUUUGGCGACUCCGUCGCCGACAAUGUCCUUAUUGGUUUGGAGCAUCCCAGUUGGCUCAUUGCUGUUGCUAACAUCUUCGUUGUCAUCCAUGUCAUUGGAGGUUACCAGGUGUUUGCAAUGCCGGUGUUUGAUAUGAUGGAAACCUUCAUGGUGGUCAAAUUGAAGCUUCCCCCUUCCUCCAUCCUCCGCUUCGUUUCUCGCACUGUAUAUGUCGCGAUAACAAUGCUCGUUGCCAUAGCUGUCCCCUUCUUUGGUUCACUUCUUGGAUUCCUAGGAGGUUUUGCCUUUGCUCCAACAUCAUACUUUCUUCCCUGUAUCAUGUGGCUUAAGCUCUACAAACCUAAGCCGUUUUCCUUAUCAUGGACAGUGAAUUGGACCUGCAUCGUGCUUGGUCUUCUGCUGAUGACGCUAUCCCCAAUUGGUGCUUUGAGGAAUAUCAUCCUUUCAGCAAAGGACUACACGUUCUUCUCAUGAACUGCACAGAAACAGGGUACUGGGAUCUCACAUUUUUACUUGGAGAUUGCCUGAGCCAUGUUGAUAUGAUGAGCUAUUGAGGAAAAAUAUGUGUAUUCUCUGUGAUGACGCCCCUAUAAAGAACAAGAUAUUAUUAUUGUGGUGUUAGGAAGGUAGAAUGAAGAGUAGGAUUAGGUCUUCUUAUGAAUAUUCAAAAGAGAAUGAUUUAGUUCAGUGGGAUUUUUAUUACUGUGACUUAGUAAAUCCUUAGUUUAGUGGAACUUUAUUUUAUUUUGAAAUUGAAUUGUCGUCUAUAAAUUAGUUGAGCUUAGAAA